UUGUGGAGGAGAAGAGGGAAUGCUCGCGUCUGCAAGUCUCCUAUUGGCGACGCUCUCGCGCUUCUCCUUGUCUCUCUCUUUCGUUCUUGGAUAUAAAAAGCCGAAAACCACUUCCAUGUUUUCGGUUCUUGGAGGAGACGGAGUAGGGAGAAAAUAAUUAGAAGGGGGAGUUUAGAGAAGAGGACAGGGGAAGGAAGACCGGUCGAUUUCUCUGCCGGGUCGUCGGUACUGGCGAGUUGAGUAAGGUAGAGGCUUGGAGGAGGCGGAGGCGAGGCGUGCAAGAAACUGCCUUCUCGGGGUUCUUUUCAGAGGUUUUUGAGAAGAUUUCGUGCUUUUUCUUUCUUUGUUUCUGAUCGAUUUUGGCGUUUGAGGUGGGAUAAACGGGCGAAUUUGGGUUAAAAAUCGAAGCUUGGGAGGUUUGGACAUCGGUUUUUGAGAGAUAUCGGGUUUGUUCGAGCUCGGCUAAUGGCGAAGAGGCGGAAGCCUGGGGUUUCAACUGAAUUGGAGCUUCUGGUAUCGUGUUGAUCUGGUUUUGAUUCCGAUAGCUUGGGUUCGAAGAGCUGCAGGUAGAGAUCUCUCGAGAAAUCCUCGGAAAAUCGAAACUUCGCUUGCUCUCUGAGGGGGACGAGUUCUAGGAGUAGAAGAAGAGGAGAGAAAAGGUUGGAAUAGGGGUUUUGCGGUCGGAUCUGGUGGAGCAAAGGGGAAUAAGAGGAGGAGGAGGAGGAGAGCGAAGAGUGAUGUUCGGAUCUCCUCCUGCGACGGCGGCGAAGGAUCUAAACCUUCCGUACCCUCCUGCAGCGGCGUCUUUCAACCACCAGAAAGAGGAAGCGGAUCUCCUCAGCCGCCACCAUCAGCAGCAGCAGCAAAUGAGCUCCGGCUUGCUCCGGUACCGAUCGGCCCCGAGCUCUCUGCUCGGGGAGGUGUGCGAGGACUUCCUCCCGGUGAGGCCCUCCAGCCCCGGAACGGAGAUCAUGUUCGCCCGGUUCCUGGCGCCGGAUCCUCGGGACGAGAUCCGAGACAAACCGGCCUCCUCCGCCGCCACGGGCGGCCAGAGGAGCCCCCAGUUCGCUCCGCCACCGCCGCCUGCGGCGGCUUCUGCGGCGAUUGAGCACGGCGGGGCGGAGCAGCUCGUGGGCCAGCAGAGCGCCGGUUUCUCCGGUGCUUCCCAGAUGCUGUACCACUCGCAGCAACAAUUGCCGAGCCACAGCUCGGUCGACAGCUCCUACCGGGUGGUGAGCUCGAUGGCUAUGGAGGAGGAGCAGAUGAAGACCGCCGCCGGCGCCGCUGUUGGCGGCAGCGGCGGGAACUGCUCCAAUCUCAUCCGGCACAGUAGCUCCCCCGCGGGCCUUUUCUCUCACUUGAAUGUAGAAAAUGGCUUUGCGAUGAUGAGAGGCAUGCCGAGUUUCAGGAAUGGGAACGACUCCAUGGGGGAUGGAACAAAUCGAUUAAAGGGUCAGAUAAGCUUUUCUUCGAGGCAAGACUCGUCGGCGGGGCUCAUGUCUCAAAUCUCUGAGAUCGGCAGCGAGGGCAUGGGAGGAACUAGCCCUGAAAAGAGCAACUUGGGAGUCGGCAAUGGCCGCGGCCGGUGUUACAUCCCGGGCUUCCCAGUUGCCACCUGGGAUGACUCCCCUCUGCUCUCUGAUAACUACUCGGGGCUUAAAAGAGUCAGAGAGGCCGAGGGGAAGAUAGUUGCUGGUCUCAACCCAUCAGAACCUCAGAAUGGAGAGAUCGGGAACCAUGUCUCGGGUCUCACCCAUCAGUUUAGCUUGCCAAGGACCUCCUCCGAGCUGGUUGCGAUCGAAAAAUUUCUGCAGUUCCAGGAUGCAGUCCCUUGCAGAAUCCGAGCAAAACGGGGUUGCGCCACCCACCCACGUAGCAUUGCCGAGAGGGUGAGGAGGACUAAAAUUAGCGAAAGAAUGAGGAAGCUACAAGAGCUAGUUCCUAACAUGGAUAAGCAAACCAACACUGCCGACAUGUUAGAUUUUGCGGUCGUCUACAUCAAAGACCUCCAGAAACAAGUUAAGACGCUAUCGGAGAGCCGCGCCGGCUGCACCUGUUCUGCUAGCAAGCAGAGGCCGAACACAAUUCCAUCUGUGUGAACUUGAUGUAUAGAAAGAAAAGAUGGUGGAAGAGAUCUUGGAACCAGAGAUGCCUCCGCGAGGAUGAACUUUUUACCACCGGAGGCGAGGCCCCGACGAAUUAAGCAGACUAAGAAAGAGGGCAAUGUAUAGCUAUCACUAUUAGGAAGUCAUAUACCUACCCUGUUGUAUGUAUUUCUACUUUGUUCUAUUUAAUUAGAUCUCAUCAACCACUUAUGGAAA